AACCAACUUUCUCAUAUGCUUGUUGCUCAAAGGAAGGAAUAUGCAGAUGAAGCUAACAGUUCUUUCCCGGAAGAUAACCAUCCUACAAAUACAGGUCACUCAAUCACAACUUGUCGCUCAGUUAGACUCAAGUUGUUGUGGAGAGACCCAGAGUUUCGUGCAAAGAAUUUGGCUGGUAGGAGAGCGAGUCACGUGUUGUUGAAACAAUCAACGGUUGUUCGAGAGCGUUGGAAGAACCCACAAUUUCGGAAGAAAGUUUGUGAAGCACUAAAGGGAAGAAGUGCUUGGAAUAAAGGAAAGCGCUUGUCAAGAGAAACCAGAAUACGGAUGAGUAUCGCUGCCAAGAAAAGACACGAGCUUAAAAAAGAUAAACUUAUGAGUUCCUCUUCCAACAUAUUGUUUGUUGAAAAUCAACAGCAUUGUGAACUUUCUCAAGUGCUUCUACAGAGACUACAAUAUUUGUACAAGGAUCUCAAAUUGUGGAGUGAUGGUUUCCGUUCCACUUACACUCGACUGCCUAGAAUGAGUGAUGUAGAAAAGUCAUGUGCUCCGAUACUGCUGUUAAAGAUAAACAGAUACUUAGAACUGAGGAAUAUACUGAGAAGUAAGCCAUACUGCAUGAAUUUUGGAAAUAUGGUUAUCUUGAAAGAAGAUACGGAAAAGGAGUAUAAGCAGAUUUUUUUGGAUGGCAAGGAAAUUCGAUAGUCUUUCGACAUGAUCUUUUUGUAGGAUGAUGUGCCCGUCAAACUGACGUAAAUAGCAGCGACGUAUUGGGAAGAUGUACUGCAUUUUUGUACGUAUUUCUGUUAUCGACACUGUAUAAAAUUUGUGUAUCAGACAACUAUGAAUAUGCCUUGUACUACAAGUCUAGAAAAGAAACACAACCUUUCAUUCUCCUUGCUGUUCAGAAAGUUUGCAGACAUUUGAUGAAAUGUAUUGUGAAUGUAUUCUUGUUUUGAAAGGAUAGGAUUUCUUCAUAUGGACUAGAUAAUGAGUUGACUCUGAACGGAAUGGAGGGAUUCUGCAAGGUAAACUACAUUCUUGUGGAUGAAGGUAUUUAGAGAAGUUAUCAAGGGAUACAGGUGACCAUUGUUUUAAAGUGAUUCUGUAACAACAUCACUUGUAAUUUUCUUAUUUUGUAUAAAAUACUCAUUUUUUUC